CUUCCCCCCCUCCCACUCUUCGUGUCUCUAGCUGCCCCUGGCUGCCCCUCGCUGCCCUUCCCGCCCGUGAGGGUGUCCCAUGGAGCUGAGUGACGCGGCCGGGCUGGACGGCCUCUCCCCGGGAGUCGCUGCGCGGCUCUGCGCGCUCCUCGACGCGAACGGGGGCCGGGGCUGGCGAGGCCUCGCCCGCGCUCACAGCCUCCGGGAGGACGAACUGGAGAUCGGCGAGCCGGGCCCCUCGGCGCGCCUCCUGUCGGCUCUGGGGGCCCGCGGGGUGCGGGUGUCCGAUCUGGCACGGGCCCUGGGGGCCAUGGGACACGACGACGCGGCCAGGGCCCUCGGGCAGGAACCGGUGUUUGUGGAGUGGUGCUCGGAGUCACAGCAGGCCUGGCGGGGAGAGUCCGUCACUCUGGGGUGCCUUGCACGUGGCAACCCUCCACCACGGUUCACCUGGUUCCACGGCAAACACGAGAUCCCGGACGCCGUGGGCCCUGAGCUGCUGCUGGCGUCCGUGUUGCCGCGUGACGCCGGUCACUACACAUGCCGCGUUCACAACGAAGUCAGCUACGGCUUCACCGACUGGAUCAGGCUGAGGGUGCUGGGCGACCAAACGACGCCAGGUCAUUGCCACGAGAAAAGACCUGGUCCUGUGGAGCACUCGGAGGCCACGGGGGCCACGCAGGCCUGGGGUCCCCAGAGCCCCUCACAGUCGCCCUUCUUACCCCUCGAUGCGGAGUCAAGUUCCUUCCAGACCACGUUUUAUGCAACGGAGAAGGUGGCGCUGGUGAUCGGCAACUUGAGUUACCGAAACCACACCGCCCUCCGCGCCCCCCUGGUCGACGCCCGUGACCUCACGUCGUUGCUCCGCGUGCUCGACUUCCGGGUCGUGACCCUCAUUGACCUCGACCUCCAACACAUGCGGCUGGCCGUGGCGCGAUUCCUUGAGCUGCUGGACGAGGGCGUGUACGGUCUGCUCUACUUCGCGGGUCACGGCUUUGAGAACUAUGGGCAGAGCUAUCUGGUCCCCGUGGAUGCGCCGAGGCCCUACCUAAGCGAGCACGCGCUCAGCGCUACCACCAUCCUGCGGGGCAUGCAGGCCCGGCGCACCGGCCUCAACGUGCUGCUGCUCGACAUGUGCCGCAAGCGCAACGUGCAUGAGUGCACGGUGCCACCCGUGGAGACACUGGAGGUGACGGCCAACAUCGUGUUUGGAUACGCCACCUGCCAGGAUGCAGAGGCCUACGAGCUGGACGUGGGUCCAGGGGAGAAGGCCGGCGUGGCAAAUGGCCUCUUCAUGCGCUUCCUCAAGGAGCGGCUGCUGGAGGACCGCAAGGUGACGGCGAUGCUGGAUAGCGUCGCCGAAGACAUGGGCCGCUGUAACCUGGCACGCGGGAGGCAGGCGCUGGAGAUCCGGAGCAGCUUGUCUGAGCGGCGUGCCCUCACCGACCCCCGCAGACCUGCCCAGGGCUUCCCUGCGCGCUCCAUCUACCAACGCUGGGCGCAGGCGCACGAGCUACCCCCCAACCGCACGCGCGAGUUUGACUCGGGCUGCCUUGUGCACCUGGGCUUUGCUGCCGAGUUCUCCAACGUACUGAUGAUCUACGCACGCGUCCUGGAGCGCGGCGCCGGCGUGGUCUCGUGCCGCGCAUAUGUCACCGACCUGCCGGACGAGCUGGAAGUGGAUGCUAAGAUAAGCAAUCUGAGUAGCCUGGAGGUGUCCGGCAGCGAGGGAUCGGUACCUCACCGCCCGGCAGAGCCGUGCUUCUCCACACGUGUCACAGGACUGCAGCACCUGCGGGGAUCGCUGACCUUCUCCAUAGUCCUCGAAUGCCACUAUGGGGAGAUGGACAUGAUGGAGACUUGGCCCCUGGACAUCGGCACUCCGCUGGCCGCCCAGCUUGGCUCCGCAUUGCCACCGCACACGCCGAACCUCACGCUCCCUGCGUCCCCCAUCUCGCCGCUCGCACGGCCGGCUGCUCCCUUCGCCGACUGUGCCAUCAGGUCCCCCUCCCUCCCGUCCUCAGCGGGGUUUGGGGUGGCUAAAUCACCCAGUCGCACGGAAUCAUGGAGCUGGGGUUCGUACGAUCAUCGCCACGCCGGUCUUGUGUCAUCACCACUGCCGCAGUCACCGCUGUCGAAUGCACCGUCCCCACCGCUGGGAUGUAGCAUGGCGGCUAUCCGAGUCGAGGGACGGUGAUGGUUGAGGCUGGACCGCAACCCUCGCCGCACGUCUCGCGGUCAGGGCCAGUACUCAGGAAGACUUGGGGUGGGCCCUAGUGGGUCAUGCCCCACCUUUUGCCCAUCCAGGUUCACUCUCCUUGGCGGUGAAUCAUUGCUAUGGUGUCUCCCACAUGACAGCUCUUCUGCCCCCCCCCCCU